UCUAAUUAGGUGACGUUAAAAGCAGUUAGUUUUGUUUUUACGUAUAUUUCGGCAAGGGCCGAGCUUUCGAGAUGGCUCUAAGAAAAGUCAAAGGUAAUUUCGAACGGAUGUUCGAUAAAAAUCUCACCGAUCUUGUACGAGGAAUCAGAAAUAAUAAAGAAAACGAGGGUAAAUAUAUAACACAAUGUAUGGAAGAAAUAAAACUAGAACUAAGGCAAGAUAAUAUAGCAGUCAAAGCCAAUGCAGUUGCUAAGCUGACAUAUUUGCAAAUGCUAGGAUAUGAUAUAAGCUGGGCUGGAUUUAAUAUCAUAGAAGUUAUGUCAUCUGCAAAAUUUACUUAUAAGAGGAUUGGCUAUUUGGCGGCUAGUCAAAGUUUUCAUAUGGAGUCUGAGCUACUAAUGUUAACAACAAAUAUGAUACGCAAAGAUCUAAACAGCUCCAACCAGUAUGAUGCUGGACUUGCACUAAGUGGUUUAUCAUGUUUUGUUAAUCAAGAUUUAGCUAGAGAUUUAGUGAAUGAUAUAAUGACUCUUUUGACUUCUACAAAACCUUAUUUAAGAAAGAAAGCAGUGUUAAUGAUGUACAAAGUGUUCCUUCGAUUCCCAGAAGCAUUGAGACCAGCAUUUCCUAGACUUAAGGAAAAAUUGGAAGAUCCAGAUAGUGGAGUUCAAUCUGCAGCAGUUAAUGUAGUGUGUGAACUAGCUAGGAAAAAUCCAAAAAAUUAUUUAAGUUUAGCACCAGUGUUUUUUAAAUUAAUGACAACAUCUACAAAUAAUUGGAUGCUAAUCAAAAUAAUUAAAUUAUUUGGCGCAUUGACACCUCUAGAACCUAGGCUUGGCAAAAAAUUGAUAGAACCAUUAACAAACUUAAUACACAGCACAUCAGCCAUGUCUUUACUGUAUGAGUGUAUAAAUACAGUUAUCGCAGUCUUAAUCUCAAUAUCUUCUGGCAUGCCCAAUCAUUCUGAUUCUAUUCAAUUAUGUGUACAAAAGUUGAGAAUAUUAAUUGAAGAUAGUGAUCAAAAUUUAAAGUAUUUAGGAUUACUUGCCAUGUCCAAAAUAUUAAAGACACAUCCAAAAAGUGUACAGGCACACAAAGAUCUUAUAAUGCAAUGUUUAGAUGACAAAGAUGAAAGUAUAAGGUUACGUGCUUUAGAUUUACUUUAUGGAAUGGUCUCUAAAAAAAAUCUAAUGGAAAUUGUGAGAAAAUUGAUGGUACACAUGGACAAAGCAGAAGGCACAACAUACAGAGAUGAAUUACUGUCCAAGAUCAUUCAAAUAUGUUCUCAAAAUAACUAUCAAUUUAUAACAUAUUUUGAAUGGUACAUAUCAGUUCUUGUUGAGCUGACGCGCAUGGAAGGAACUAAACAUGGACGGUUGAUAGCAACACAAUUACUAGACGUUGCGAUUCGUGUACAAGCGAUUAGAAAAUUUGCGGUGCAACAAUGUGCGAUUUUGCUUGAAAAUGCAGCUCUUUUGACAGGCCAACCUAGAGCAACGAUGUCUGAGGUGCUAUAUGCAGCUGCAUGGAUUUGCGGAGAAUUUUCUAGCGAAUUAGAAAAUCCAAUGGCAACAAUACAGUCAAUGUUAAAACCUCAAGUAUCAAGCUUGCCAGGUCAUAUUCAAGCAGUUUACGUCCAUAAUAUUAUAAAAUUGAUUGCCGCUAUUCUUAGUAAAGAAGAUGAGACUGAUAUCGAAACAAUCCAACAGAUUGCCGAUUUGAAAGAAAAGUUGGCAAUGUUUAUUUGCAGUAGUGAUUUGGAAGUUCAAGAAAGAUCAAGCUCGGCGGUAGCGUUGUUGGAUUGUUUGACAGAAAAUCCAAGCUUAGCUAAAGAAAUAUAUGAGGCGUUUGUAGGCGAACUGAAUCCUGUUGCUCCAAAAGCUCAAAGAAAGGUGCCAAUUCCGGAAGAUUUAGAUCUCAAUUCAUGGAUCAAUGAUCCUCCUUCUGAAAGUUCAGACUCUGAUGAUGUAGAUAUGAAUGAUAUUUUUGUUAAAUCAGAGAAAACUAAUGAUAGUUAUCAUACGCGUCCUUCGUAUGAACCAACGGCAGAAGAAUUAGAAAUGAGACGAGAAGCAAGAAAAUUGGAACAACAAAAUAAUCCUCAUUAUUUGAAAAUCUCUGCAACGCCUCAAAAGAAAAUUACAUUUUACAAUAAGAAUAACGAUGAAGAUUACGAUAAUAUUCCUAUAACAGAAUUGGAUAUUCCAGUAUCUUUGAAAGUUAACGAUUCUAUUUAUUCAAAUAAAUAUAUCGAUAUGAAUAAAAAAGAACGUAAACGCUUUAAAAAGGCAAACAAAAAGAAGAAAUCUAAAAAGAAUAAAAAAUCAAGCAGCUCCGAAGAUGAAGACGACGAUGAAGUUUAUCCAGUCCAACUUGUAAAUAAAGGGAUUGGUGAGUUGCCUCCCGGUGCGCAGUUGAGUGAUAGUAACGAUGAAGAUGCAAAGGAUGCAGAUGAUCCUCAUCGAGCACUUAACAUUGAUCUCGAUAUGCCGUUGCAAGAGGAUGAGAGGUUGCCAGUGGUAGAACAUCGUAUCCCCAUUGCAAACAUUCUUAAUACAGCCGAAAAAUCUAUCACUAAAAAGGGAAAAGAACAUAAAAAACAGAAGAAAAAGCAUAGUUCCAAGGAUAAAGUAGAACAAGAAUCAAAGAAAAAGGAAGAGGUCAAUUUGUUAAAUGUGAAUGAAGCUGAUGAACAAUGUAAAGUAGAUGAUGGCGUUACAGAAGAGAAAAACAAAGAAAAUAAAAAAUCAAAACGUAAAAAAGAUCAAAUUAACCAGGAAGAUGGAAAAGAUUACCAGAAAAUUAGAAAAAAGACAAAAAAAGGUAAAAGUAAAAAUAGUAAGGAGAAUAAAGAUUAUGAAGAAACUGCCGGAAUUUCUACACCUUCAAAAGAAAUAUUGCCAAGUAGGGAUCUUAAUUUUGAUAUUGAGACUAAUGUGUCUGACCAGUCACCAACUUCUGCUAAGGAGUUGGCUAAAGAUAAGACUGUAAAAAUGCUUUAUGAAAUUAAACAAUUAGAGCAAGAUGCUAGUAAAAUUAUUUUAUUACUUUCAUUUAUAAAUCUGUCGGAAAAUGUAUUAAAAGAAUUGAUAUUUAAUGUUAUGGAUUCAUUAGCUUUGCAACUAGAAAGAAGGCCGAAAGAUGAGUAUGGAAUCAAGAUGAAUUUUCAAUUACUUCCAUUGAGUUCCAAUGAAGCUCACGUGGCGAUUUUAGUAUCCGACGUAACGUUUGCUCAGAAACUCCGCGGUACUUUGACGUACAUGAUACAGGGUUCUAACGAUACAGUGCAAGAAAAGCUCGACUUUAUUUUACGAUUACCUUGCAGUAGUUUUGUAGUCGGGCGUCUUUGUCAUAACGACAUUCUUGCGGAAUUGUUGAAAAGUGGCCAAUUGUCACAAAAAUCAAGGACUGAAGUAACGGCUUGUAAGAAUUUCAAUAAAAUACUGAAAAAUAUAUGCAGUGAAUGUCACUUAACACUGGUCGAGCAUAUUGAUAAUACGGCGUCUUUGUACGGUCAAUCUCUGAAGGGGCACCACAUCUGUCUUUUAGUGAAACAAAACUCAACAACAAACAUAUUGGUAAUAGAAGGAAAAAGUGAUAAUAAUUCUCUGCUUGUGGAAAUUAUCGAUGAAAUAACAAAGAUAUUGGCGUGAGAAUUUCGAAAAAAUAAAUUAUUGUUAUAGCUUAAUAUACAUAAAAUAUUGACAAAAUUUCUUAAAAAGGAAGUAGCAUCUGAUACACAUUUGCUACAAAUUAAAUAAUUUUUUUAAUUAUUAUACAUAUUGAAGACCAUUGAACUGAGAUAAAAAAAUAUAUGUAACAUACGAUGUUAGACGUGCGGAUAAUUAUGCACGGUUUUAUUGUGCACAAUAAUAUGGCGCAAAUCAGCGUGUAUCAAUUCUUACGCUAUUAUUGUGCACGAUAAUUUGUGUAUACAUUAAAACCGUGCACAAUUGUCCGCAUGCCCGAUGUUAAACGUCGAACUAUUGACGGAUUUUAUAUGCGACCUUUGUAGGACAGUAUCUUUUCGUCAAGGGUUCACUUGCGAAAGUUUCAUUCCAUUUUACUAAAAAAACUAUUUGAUGGUCAAUAUUGUGUAUAUUUAAUUUGUUAAAUACUUUGAAGGGCUUUUGCAACUAAAUAAAUUACUUAAAAAAUAACGCUUUUUAAAUUAAAAUGGGCGGAAGAAUGAGAUGUAUAUUGUUAAAAAUACACAUAAUUAUUUAAUGAAAAUUAAAAAAUCCACGAUUACGUAAGAUUUUAAAAUGUAAGCUAUGUUGUCUUUAUAAUUACUCGUGAAGGUUUUAAAAAAUUAUUAUGUUACAGUUAAAAUUUUAAGCGCUCAUUACAUCGAGAUUUAUUUUUUUGUAUUUCAUGUUUGUUGGUACAUAACUAUAUUUUACAAUUUUUUUACCUCAAUUAAUUUCUAAAUUUAAUCUUAUUAUUAUGCAAAUAGUUUUAUUUGAAAGAAUAUUGUGUUGAUCAAUACUGAAUAGCGUGAUCAAAAACGAUUUGAUGCUCACUUAUUGAAACAUUGAUUAAAAAAUAUUUUUUUAACAAAUAAAUAAAGGUAUGCUUAUUUCAUUAAAUAGAUUGUAAAAUGUAUUGUAUUUUGUA